AUGAGAACAACGAGAAUAACAACAACAAAGCAACAUGUAACCAUCAUCAUCAUCAUCAUCAUCAUCACUGAGCUGGUUUUGGACAUCUCAGAUUUGACCCUCCAACACAACAUUGUUGGUGGGCGAGUGUCAGUGCCACACAGUCGCCCUUACAUGGUCUUCAUUAGGGAUGUUCGCAGUAAUACCGUGUGUGACGGCUUUCUGGUGAGCAAGUCGUUUGUGCUGACGGCUGCCCACUGCAACAAACCAAGUAUUGUGGUGUUUCUGGGGGUCAAUGACACAAUGAAUGUAAAUUAUGAAGACGCAAUAUUUGUAAAAAAAAUUCCACAUCCAAACUACAACAACAAAACCUUCGAAAACGACAUCAUGCUGUUAAAGCUUGAUAAACCAGCAGACUUCAGCAAAACAGUGAUGCCUAUCGCUCUGCCAGAGAGUAAGAAUGAGGCUUUCACACGCAACUGCUUGGUGACUGGUUGGGGUAACACUGACUUCAGACACAAUUUUCCAUCCAGAGUACUACGAGAAGUCAACGUUACCAUCUCCAAAGCCAGUAACUGCACUGUACCUGACAUGAUGUGCUCCGAGGGCAACACAGGACCUAGUCAUGGAGACUCUGGAGGUCCACUGGUGUGUGGAGAUGUCGCCCAUGGGAUCGUAUCAAGCAAUUACAAAUACCACUGUCAGUGGAGGGCAAGAUACAUACGCACAUCCUACCAUCUCAACUGGAUUCACUUUGUGAUUAACCAGCAUUAUGAAGGCUAG